UGAAAAUGUUCAAAUUCAACUUCGAUGUGGAGGACGAUACUGAACAAAGUACAGAUGUAAAUCACACAACACAAAAUCAUGGGCCCGCUUCUGUGCAGGCGGUCGUCCCAGACGUGUUCACAGAGCUUUUUCUCACGGACGCGUUAAACAGCCUACCGUCCAAAAUUUCUUACUCUCCAAUCACGAUCCCACUUGCCAGCGGAGCUGAACUUUCACUUCCACGCCGUGAUCUGUUCGAUGCGAGGUUUCAAUUGAUCUCACAAAAUGUCGAUGACCCGGAUGCAUUGGAACAACCGUCUAUCACUGAUGCACGGUCUGCAUUGCACUUUUUGGACGCACCCUCUGACCUUGUCCCUCUUGUCUACGAGGGCGGCUUGAAGACUUGGGAAUGCAGUCUCGAUCUUGCCAGCUAUCUGGAUGGUAUAAGCUCACAGUUUGAUGUAAGCGGCAAGCGUGUGCUAGAGAUCGGAUGUGGCACAUCAAUACCGUCGCUGUACAUUCUUCAUCGAAUAUUCUCCUCCCCACCUUCUCAGAAUCAGACACAUAUCCACCUCCAGGACUAUAACGCCUCCGUGUUGGAAUUGGUGACUAUUCCCAAUAUUAUUCUGACCUGGUAUCUGUCAGAGGCAGCAGAGACGUACCGCAAAUCAGAGGAGCAGGCAGACUCUCCUUUGGAGUUGGAUAUAUCGGAAAGUCUCAAAGAUGCAUUCCAUCAAUCCUUGAUGACCUACGGUGUCGAAUUACGUUUUUUCUCUGGCUCAUGGGAUACAUUCGACCUAUGUGGGAGCUACAACCUGGUGCUGACAUCCGAGACCAUAUACCGUAUGGAAUCUCUUCCGAGCCUUACUGCUAUUAUGCGCGGUGCUUGCAAGGCCGAAGGCCCCAAAGGUGUAGACGAUUACCUCUGUCUUGUAGCCGCAAAAGUGCUCUACUUUGGUGUGGGUGGCGGAGUAACAGAGUUUGUGCGAUGUGUACAAGGUUCGGAUGAAGGAGGCACGGUUAAGACUGUAUGGGAGAAAACACAAGGCGUCGAAAGGAGGGUAAUGAGUAUCACAUGGAAUUGACGAUGUUAUUUGAUCCUUACCCGCGAAAUGAAACGAAGCAUGAUUCAUAUGU